CUACUGUUGUUUGAAGGCGCGUUUCUGCCGCUUCUCUUGCAAAUAUUUCUUAUUUCAGAGACUGCGCCAUUUCCUUGCAGCAUGUAAGUCUAGGGUAAGACCAUGCUGAUACUUGAUGAAGGGCAGACCGGCACUUCGACCUAAAAAUAGAUCGCUUCUGGGUAAGGAUGGCGGCAAUGUGCCCUCUGUCAUCGGCAGUAAGCAGUCUAGGAUCAUCUGCGCUGCAAUCACACACACAGAGCCUCCCUUAUGCCUUCCAGGCGGGGCGGCUAUACAUUUCUGCUGGAAUAAUAAUUCAGCAAGUCAUGCAAACAGCCCAUACUACAUGUUCUCUUAGAACUCAUUUAUGCCGCUCUCUCCCAAUGUGGACCCUGGCUGACUGCCGUACUUCCGCGGGUGCUUCGCGGGUGCAGGCUUCCCUUCCAUUGGCCCAUACUCUUUGUGCAUCCGCCCCGCCUAAAGCUACUCAUCACAUGAAUCACGCCGGCUUUUACACUCUUUCCUUCUCCCAUGAUCCAUUUUAAGCACCUGGACAAAAACAUCUCGGGUCUCGAUUCCAAUGGCGCUCACUGACGGCUAUUAUUCAUCUAAUAUGACCGACGGUUUUCAGGCGAGUCUGAGAAAUUUCGUUCAUUGCUGAUUUGCCCAGUGAUCAUCAUGAUUUCUCGCUUGCUUUAUGGAUGAGCAC